AUGGAUCAUGCAUUCAAAAGACUUCCGGAUGGAACGGUGAAGACCAUCUUUAAAAAAGAAAAUGACGAAGGAUCAUCAUCUUCAACGGUUUUCACAACCAUGAUGAUUACUUUGGGAGAUAAAGAAAGAAAGAUUCCUGUACAUUCCUUCAGACCAGAUGGAAAACCCAUUUAUUCUGAUAAAAUAAAUGGACACUUUAUGUGGGAUGUGAAUCCAGAUACGUGUGAUCCAGGAUGCCCUUGCACAGAAACAUCCGAUGACAGUGAUGAUGACGAUGACGAUUCAGAAGAAGAAGGAGAUAGUGAUGAUGAUGAUAAGGAUUUCUACAAUCCUCCUCCUGAUCCUGAUAAACAAAGAAUGGUGAUUUCUCGCCAACCACUGCCAAUAUACGAGAAAAUCUUGAAGGCCUUGAAAGAAAACUAUGAGCACUACUACCAAGAGAAAAUGUCAAAAGCACCUCAACCAAUACAAACCCAAAGUUGUAUGAUGUUGUCUUCAGAAGAAGAAUUCCCUAGUCUGAGACGAGCAAAUCCUCAAGAAGAAACCGUAAUGAAGCCUUUCAUUUAUAGUAAAGAAGUGACAGCAGAAGGAUCCAAGAAACCUAUCUCUCAGGCAGAAGAAGUACUAAAUUGGCAGACAAAAAAUGCUUUAGCCCAGAAUAGCCUACUACAAAAGAUUGAAAGAAAAAUGGAUAGAAUAGAAUUGUCCAUAGAAAAGGAGAUUGGAGGCAUGAAUUCCAGGUUACAAAAGCAUUAUGCAGAAUUGAAGGAGAAGAUAGAAAGACUUGAAGAAGAGACAAGGAAAAUCAAAGAAACAAGGAGAUUCAACAACCUGCUCAUUGAAAAAGAAAGAGAGUUACAAAAAACAAGGGAGCAGUAUGAAGAACUUAUCCAAUAUGUAGGAGAGAAAAAGAAGAUUCCCAUCUUCGAAGAUGAAAUAUCUGCAAGAAGGAAGGACUUACUAUUUGGGCAUCUUCUGGGAUUCGAGAGUAUUCUAUAA